CCGGAUUAUCCCCAACCUCACUUCAUCCAUCUCUUUUUUCCCUCCCUUAUCACUCCCAUCAUCCAGGCCAACAUCAAACAGCCGCUGGCAACGCUUACCACGUAGUCGACCAAGAAAUAUACUCGUUGUUACCCUACAAACUAAUCCCCCAUUCAGAAACACCUUACCUUGGAGCCCUCGUCAACCGCCAUCAUGAUGCCCACCAGCUGGCCUCCGGCGCCACCUCCAGGCGCCGCUUACGGCGCUCCUCCUGCCAAUUAUGCUUACCCUCCCAAUCCAGCAUACACCGCAGUCCAGGCUCGACAAAGUUUCGGCCAGUAUCCUCCCCCACCCGCACCUGCCUACACCACGACGCCGUCGCCCAUGGUUGCUCCCUUCGAUCAGACCGCUCCGGCGGCUCCUGUGCCGCCCACGCGCAAGGUUGAAUGGCCUCCUUCCGUGCGAGAAUAUGUCCAAAAGUCUUUCCUCCCUAGCAAUAUGGAUCCGUCCGUAUCUCGCCCCGACAUUGAAGCCAAGUUGAAGGAAACCAUUUCACAACACAUGGAAAACGGUACUCUCGAGUCCACCGACUGGGAGAAAAUGCCCUUCCCCGCCGCCCUGAUCAAGAACGAGCGUCAAUCCCAGCUCAACUCCUCCAUGAACAUUGCGUCUCCCUUUGCAUCGCGAUAUGACAACACCCCGUCGGCCAACCCAAAGAAGCGGAAGUCGUCUGAUUUUACCCCGGAUGACAAGUCUUCUGCCGUGCCUUGGCGUACUACUAACAGCAACCGAUCCAACGCCUUGGAAGACCGCAUCACCUUUGCCUCUCCCGACAAACGCGCCAGCCUCGACGAGCCUCUGCCCAAGUCAAGUAAGUUCCAGAAGCAGAUGGAGAAGCGCCAACGUCGCUUCGACGGCGGCUACAAGUCGUCCUAUCGCUCGCCCAGCCCUCCGCCCUCGGACGGUCCUGUUGUCGGCACCAGCGAGACGUUGGAGAAGCGCUACCUGCGCCUGACCGCUCCCCCCGUUCCUUCCCAGGUGCGGCCAGAACGCGUUCUCCACAAGACGAUGGAUCUUCUUAAGAAGAAGUGGAAGAAGGAGAGCAACUACUCUUACAUCUGCGAUCAGCUGAAGUCCAUGCGCCAAGAUUUGACUGUCCAACGGAUCAAGAACGACUUCACAGUGUCCGUAUACGAGCUUCACGCCCGCAUCGCCUUGGAGAAAGGGGACCUCGGUGAGUAUAAUCAGUGCCAAACCCAGCUGCGUACCCUGUACGCCAAGGGACUGAAAGGGAACCCCAUCGAGUUCAAGGCCUAUCGCAUUCUGUAUUUCAUUCACACCGCCAACCGUACCGGCCUCAAUGAUGCCUUGGCAGAUCUAACCGCAGCAGAGAAGGAGGAGCGGCCCAUCAAGCACGCGCUUGAGGUGCGUUCCGCUCUUGCCUUGGGAAACUACCACAAGUUCUUCCAGCUUUACCUCGACACUCCCAACAUGGGAGCGUACCUCAUGGACAUGUUCGUCGUCCGUGAGCGCCUCGCUGCCCUGUGCAACAUUUGCAAAGCGUACAAGCCAGACGUAAAGUUACGAUUCAUCACGGAGGAACUCGGCUUCGAGUCCGACGUCGAUGCGGCUCAGUUCAUUCUCGAUUACAACGGCCAGCACCUCCUCGAGGAACGACAAGAGUACAUUGCUCUGUUGACCGGCAAAGCCGGAGUGCUGUUCGACUCUGCGAGAUCCGAAGCGUUCCGCAAGGUUGAUAUCAAAGGCCAAAUAUGAGCUGCUCGUCAUCUCUCUUCUCUCGUCACAGCAUGCCCUCCACUCUCUAACCAUUUCCCGCCGCCGACUGCAGGCCUCGCGGGUGGCCUCCGUUCCCCUAAAUCCUUCACGUCUCAUGCCAAGGCCUGCCGGUUUUGGUCGACCUUUUUCUCGUAGACUUUAUUUCUCUCUUGUUUUAUCCCCCCCUUCUCGACGUUGUCACAGCACUUGCGCCCAUAUUCACCAUGCAUUCCCCUCGCCCUUCGAAGACGUUUUAGUGCCAGACAUGGUUACAAAAUCACGAACCAUCAAAUUGCACCUCUCCGUCACUUCUAACGGCUUCGGACGCUUACCCAUAGCUUCAAAUAGCGGGAUACUCCUCGGGGGCUCGUGAGAGGCAGUCUUUCGGACGAGGGCAGUUCGAAAUCUGGCGGCCAUGUUGCUGUCAAUGUCCGAUAUUGCCGGCUUGAUGCCGGCCUUGGGCUCUGGGGGCUUGUUCGUCUUGAUACCCGUUCGCCGUGUCCUCGCACAGGCAACAGGAUGGCGUUGGAGUGGGAUAUCCGUGGGCUCGUUUGUCUUUUAAAAGGAUAGAAGGCGACUGGAGUUGAACCUCGGGUCUAUCAAUAGACGUUGGCAUAUGUGUCGUUCAUCUUGAAAGGAUCUGCUGGCGCCUGCCUUAUGCGGCACAACGGUCACUGGUUCGCAAUAACCAAAUGGAAUCUAUCUGUUUGCUAUAUCCCUCAGAUGGAGAUGGAACAUCAUCAGUCUUGCUGCGCAACUGCCAUGCUGGUGGCUCUGAUGUGUAAACUGUCCAUAUACCGUGUCCCUGCAUGGCGUACGCAGUGGACGAAUGCC